AUCCGUCAUUACUGCGACAAUGCGCUUAGCAUAAUCAUGGCCUACCCGUCUGAGAACCCUGUGUUGGCCGCUAACUUUCAGUUCAUUUUCGACGGCGUGCGAGGUACGGACUCCGCUGUUGAGUCGCUACGCUUGGCAUUGCUCGGCGUCGCCGCCGUACACCAGUCGUUCCUACUCUCCCGAAGCGGCGUGUCGUCACUUGCGGCCGACGAAGCCUUGCACGUUGCGGACACGUUCCGUGCAAAGUCUCUGCAUCAACUCACGUCGGCAUGCGCCACACCAGAGGGAGCCCACAAUGAUGCGGCCUUGGCGGCGACAGUUGCGAUUGCUCUCAUCGACAUCUUCUCGGGAGGACGACACUGGGCAAAGAGUUUGGACUUUGCGAAGAGCUUGGUGAAGUCGCGAGGUGGACCGGGCCUGCUGUUGGCGCGGAGCAGAAGGCACAAGACCAAUUCUGUGAUUGGCGUGUCUCGUGCAAGGCUGCUGCUGGAGAUAGUAGCCGUAUACGAGCUCUUCGGAUGUCUCGCGCAAGGCAAAGCGCCUAGUCUGCUGAACAUCGAUUGCUGGUGGUUGACUAAGACGAACGCUCAUGACAACGUGUCCUACAUUGACAAGGUGUUCGGCAUGUCAAGGGAGUUCAUCUUGGUCCUCGCCGAGGUCGCAACAUUGGUCGCGCGUGUUCUUUGCCCCUCUGCAUCCACGAUAACGGAAUUGUCUGAGAGCGGGGACCUGCGGAGCGAUCAUGAUGCUCAAACCCGAGUCGCGGAGAAGCUCUACAGAUCCCUCGAAAACUGGCGGAGCGUGGCCAGCAACGUUCAUGAGCGGGUGCUAGCGGGCAACUGCGUAUAUCGGCAUGCAGCUCAGAUACUCCUGCUCCGAGAUGUACUGAAGGCGCCUCCUUCAGACGCGCUAGUGCAAGAGCAUGCGAACACGAUUCUGACGCUCUGCAUGGAUUGCUGCCAGAACAGAAUGGGGGUAGAUCUCACUUGGCCUGUCAUCAUCGCAGGGACACAGCUGUAUGGCAUAGAUCGUGCGAGAGUUCUAUCUAUCUUCGAGCUGUUCAGGACGCAAUGCUGCUAUGAGAUUGAGACGUCCGAACUCAUUGUACGGCAGGUAUGGGAGCGGCUCGACACGAACCAUCCUAAUGCAGACUGGCGCUCGGUAAUGCGGGAUAACAACCUCGAUGUUCUCAUUCUCUAGUUGUCUUUUCAGUGUUCUCCGUGCUGGUUUCCUGUAUAGAGCGGUGUUUGUAAGUUAGACCGGGCAGCUUCAAGGCAUUGACUGUAUGUUUAGUAUCUAGAUCGUACAUCUCUGAUCUUCCUUGGCCUAGGGCAAAGUCAUGGAACAUGUACUAAUCGUCCCUCGACCCUCUGCCAGAACUUAAC